AUGGUCCUGCGUAGCCUUCUCACGAGCCACGUCCCGGGGGUAAACGCUGCCAAACACCGCUGCCACCAAUGUAACGGGCGAGCUGUAGAGGUUCGAGCUCAUGCUUCACUUGUUAACACCACAGCAGCCUGCGAACGAAUGAAGGUCUACACAGAGAGUCUAGUGACUCGACCCUCCAGUCCGAAGGUUAGGAAGAGGGUGAGGGGAAGAGGGACACCCACCGUGACUAGAAUCAGAGACAGUGAAGACGGAAAGUCCGCCAAGGUGGAGGGUGUUUCUGCGUUCAGGGCGGAGGGGGGGCUGGCGGUUAAGCAGGAGCCUGUGGGAGAGGAGGAAAAUGGGGGGGCAGAUGAAGGCGGUGACCUUCUGUUCAGGACCACGAGCUCACCUGAGCUGCUGCUCCAAGGCGACUUGGCACACUACGCAGAAACUUUACGCACACACCCGGUGGUGUUUACCGGCAGGUUUUCGGUGGAAUCCCAGGGUGCGGGAGGACCGUGGACAACGGGUGACGUAAUUAACGUGGUCGGAGCUGACAUCGAGUCCUCGGUACCUGCAGGGUCACCCCCAGCAUCUGACAUUUACGCAACGGGAGGUGGAGACGCGGCGGACUGCAACAUGGCGCACGGCCCGCCUGACAUCAGCCACAUGUACGCGCCCAAUCCGCCCCACCCGCACGUGGCCCCAUCUUAUUCCUGCAGCGGAGACAUGUACCAGGACCAGUCAGCAGGGGGGUACCUGGCUCCGUCCACCUGCGCCGUGUCCUACCAUCCUCCGCAGCCUUACGGCUCCUCGCAAAAGCCGGCCGUGGACGGAACCGCGCUGCUGUCCAUCAUGCCGGAGUACGGAGGCUUCUACCAACAGAGCUGCCAGAGAGACCUCCAGACGUCCUUCCCGGAGCGGAAGCCCCUCCCGUACCCCCUGGACUCCCUCCGGGUGCCCCCGCCUCUUACACCUCUCAACACCAUCAGGAACUUUACGCUUGCUGCGCCGUCAGCAGCCACAGAAGGCCCGAUGGCCAUGGCUUUCCCCGGCCACCAGAAUCUCCCGCUAAGGCCCAUCCUGAGACCCAGGAAGUACCCAAACCGGCCCAGCAAGACGCCCGUCCACCAGAGGCCCUACCCUUGCCCGGCAGAGAGCUGCGACCGCCGCUUCUCACGGUCAGAUGAGCUAAGCCGACACCUGCGCAUUCACACCGGCCACAAGCCGUUCCAGUGCCGCAUCUGCAUGCGCAACUUCAGCCGCAGCGACCACCUCACCACGCACAUCCGCACUCACACCGGUGAGAAGCCCUUCUCUUGCGAACAGUGCGGGAGGAAAUUCGCCCGCAGCGACGAGCGCAGGAGGCACAUGAAGAUUCACCUGCGGCAGAAAGACAAAAAGACCUCAGCGUCCUAAUCUUCACGCGCCAGCCCAGCGCCUCCUGCUAAGUUCUGCAGCAAAAAGCUCAGAUCCAGCCACAGGUCACCAACAGGUCAAAGUUCUCAGGGAUUCACUUGAUGCGCCUCAGAGCAGCUAGGGUCUCAGAUCAGCCCGGUUUUGCAGGACCCAUUCAGAUUCACUUUCCUACAGGUGAACAAUGCUGAUGCAGCGGAGGUCUGAUAAGAGAAAGUCUAUUUCAGCUUUAGUCAUCAUCAGGAAGUUUGAUCAAAGAAGUAUGUUUAUUUCUGACAGACUGACUCAUCCGUGCCACAUGAUCAAACAUGGAGCAGGGUUUAGUUUCAGGUAUGCAGCAACA